AUGCCAAUUCUCCGACAGAUCGCUGCAGCUGCAGUCCUGGUCACCCAUGUGGCCGGGCAUUUGUCCAGCCUGGGCACGCUGGCUGCUCCUGCGCUGCCCCUGUACCUCGACCAUCCAGGGUCCACUGCACCCAAUCCCUGGAACAACCAGCCGGCACAGGAUGUCAACCCGAACGAGAUCCCCUACACUGGGGUGGUCCGGCGGUAUCACUUCUCGGUUGCACGGGCCACGAUUGCGCCGGACGGCGUAGAUCGGCCGGUGCUGCUGGUUAACGGACAGUUCCCGGGCCCGACAAUUGAGGCCAACUGGGGGGAUACUAUCGAAGUUACCGUCGAUAACCGCAUCGUCGAUCCCGCGGAGGGGACCACCAUCCACUGGCAUGGGCUCCGCAUGAUUGACACACAGUGGAUGGACGGGGUUCCCUCCACCGUGCAGUGUCCGAUCGCUCCCGGUUCGUCGUUCACCUACAAAUUCCGAGCGGAUGCGUAUGGCUCUACGUUCUGGCACGCGCAUUACGGGGCUCAGUACUCGGCGGGCAUCUUCGGCGCACUCAUUUUGUACGGCCCGCAACAUGUGCCUUACGACGUGGACCUGGGCCCGGUCUUGCUGUCUGACUGGUAUCAUGCCAACUACCUCGAGGUAGUGGAGAGCGUGGUGGGCCUGCCGGCGCCGACGACGCAAGCCUACUCGGACAACAACCUGAUCAACGGCCGGAUGCCGUACGACUGCAACAAUCCCAACAUCACCGCGAACCACCUCACCUGCUCGCCUAAUGCGACGUAUUCCAAGUUCCGCUUCACCAAGGGCAAGACAUACCGCCUGCGGAUCAUGAACGUCAGCAGCCAGGGAUUCCAGCGGUUUCGCAUCGACGGCAUGCGCCUAACGGUGAUCGCCAAUGACUUCGUGCCGAUUGAGCCGUACGAGACGGACGUCUUGAGCAUCGGCAUCGGGCAACGCGCCGACGUGCUCGUCCACGCCACGGGCCAGGCGACGGACGCCGUGUGGAUGCGCUCCGAUGUUAGUGCCCUCUGCGCCGUCAGCUACCAGGGCCAUGCAAAAGCGGCUAUCUAUUAUGAGGAUGCGGACGUGACCCAGCUGCCCAACACAACCGCAGCGCCCUACGAUGACUCGCACUGUGGUGAUGUCCCGCUUAAUUUGACGACUCCGGUAUAUCCCAUGGACCCGCCGGCCACACCGGCCGUGACGCAACAAUUGGACAUCCGGUUCCAGGCGAACGAGACCGGGAACCUCCUAUGGUACGUCAACAACGAGACCUUCCGCGCGAAUUACGAACACCCCGUCCUUCUCCUCGCCAAGGCGGGCAACACCUCGUACCCCGACCCCGACUGGCUAGUGUACAACUUCGGCAGCAACAGCUCUGUGCGGAUCAUUCUGUAUAACUACAGCUUCACGAACCGCAGCCAGCAUCCGAUGCACCUGCACGGGCACAACUUCUGGAUCGUGGCCGAGGGCGUGGGCGAGUGGAACGGCAUCGCCAAUCUGAAGAACCCGAUGCGGCGGGAUACUUUUAUCCUGCAGCCGGGCGACCCCGUCAAGGGACCCGGCUACAUGGUGAUGGAUUUUGUCACGGACAACCCGGGAGUGUGGCCAUUGCAUUGCCAUCUGGCGUGGCACGUCAGCGCGGGGCUCUAUGUUAAUAUCCUGGAACAUCCGGAAAAGAUCCGAGAGAUGGAGAUCCCCCACGGCGUCUACCAGACCUGCCGCGACUGGGCCGAUUACAAGGGGGUGGACUUGGUGCCGGAGAUUGACUCGGGGGUAUAG